AUGGUUAUUGACGAAUGCUGGGAAAACCUCUUGUUUCUGAUUGGCUCGGGAGAGGGUUAUCGCCCGUUUGGCGGGAUCCCAAUAGUCCUGUUCUUCGGGGACUUCUUCCAGUUCGACCCCGUCCUGCAGACCAGUCUCCUCUUGCCGGCGCCCAGGGACCGUGGCGGACAGAGACCGGAAAGCUUGCCGAAGCAUCUCGCAGCGCACAGGCUGUUCCUCCAGUUCACAACCGUUGUCAUCCUCCAGGAGCAGGUCCGCGCGGCUGGUUGCCCAAGGCUUCGGGGCUUCCUCGGGCGCCUGCGCAACGGCGAGCAGACCGAGCUGGACUUCCAGCGGCUCAGUCAACGCCUUUAUACACCGUCGUGCAAGGCGUCCUUCGUAGACGGUCUGAGAGCCAUCACGCCCCUGAACCAAGACCGGUGGGACUUGAACAUGGCAGCCGUCGUCCAGUGGGCCCGUGCCUGCGGCAAACACAUCUCCAUCUUUGUAGCGAAGCAUGACACCGAAUCGGGGAAGCGGCUGCGCGUCGAAGAGCUGGGCGACGUGCUCCGCCGCGGAGACGACUCGCAGCUGCCAACCCCGGGCCUGUUCUUCUACGCGCAGGGGAUGCCGGUCAUGGUGACUCAGAACCAGUUUAUUGGGCUGAAGGUGGUCAACGGGGCACCUUUCAAGGCCGUCGACAUCUUCCCCGAUCCCGCCGCCGGCACCAUCGCCCUCGCCAGCGAUGUGACUCUUCAACUUGGACCGCCGGUGGCCGUCCUCCUUCAGUCAGACGAUGGUGCGGACCUCGCCAUCCCCGGGCUCCCCAACGGCACCAUUUUGAUCAAGAGCAAUACGGUCGCUAUCCCGACCCAAAUGCGGGCCAAGGAAGGGGCAAGCCGGGCUUUCGGUGGGUUACCCACAGAACUGGACUCUCUGCACACCGGCCUUCGCUAUGACAGAUCAGAAGAGCCAAGGCAAGCAGUUCUCGGACGUCCUCGUCAAUCUCAAAGGCGUCCACUCGGGCGGCACGGCGACUCGACCCAGCUUCAUGAGCCUGGAGGCCAUCCUCAAGCUGGAACGACGGGGCGAGGAGACCAGACGGCGGUUCGAGCAAGACCACAGGUCUCAGACCUGAGGUCUGAGCCGUGGUUUCAGGAAUGGGCUGCCAUGCCUGAAUCUGGCCAGGGGACUGAAACCGAUGACGUAGAGGACGCGGCGCUCUGGCGAGACCCUGGGGUUUCCGAGCCCAGAUCGUAG